AUGGCUGAAGCAGUAAUACCCUUGCUCAUAGAUGGAAGCACGCUUGAAGGCGGUGGCCAGUUGCUCCGCAACUCGGUCGCUCUCUCCGCACUUCUUCACCGGCCUAUUGCGAUAGAGAAUAUACGCUCUGGCCGCAAGCAGUCCGGUUUGAGGCCACAACAUGCAGCAGGACUACGCCUCGUCUCAGAGCUCUGCUCGGGGAAUCUGAUAGGCAGCGAGCUGGGCUCAACAAAAAUGGAGUUCUACCCAGGACACAUUCGCCUUUCCGAGCACUAUGUCGCCGACCCUCAGACCGCCGGCUCGGUCACCCUGCUUCUGCAAGUGUCUCUCCCAUGUCUGCUCUUUGCGCCGCCUGCGCGCACUUAUGUACCCACUCACCUCACACUCCGUGGCGGUACCAACGCGCUGCAAGCCCCGCAGAUCGACUACACGCUGAACGUCUUUCUACCCUUCCUCCGGCGGCACCUCGCGCUGUCUCCCGCGCUGCACAUCGCGAAGCGCGGGUUUUACCCCAAGGGCGGCGGUGAGGUGCACGUCUCUGUCACCCCUCGCACCGAUCCCCUUCCACCUGUGACACUGACGGAGCGCGGGCCCGUGACUGCAGUGAAUGGCCGCGCCUACGUCGCUGGGCUCCCGGCACACCUUGCUGCGAGUAUGCGCGAUGGGGCUGCCGCAGUUCUUGUCGCCGCAGGUGUCAGUGCAAAAGUCAUUCACAUUGAGACUGUACGAGAGAAGCCUUCUGAGGCUGUUGGCAGCGGCUCUGGGAUAGUCCUGUGGGUAGAGACACAGGGCGGGUGUAUUCUUGGAGGAAGCGCAGUGGGCUCCAAAGGGAAGCAUCCGGCUGCAGUCGGCCAAGAAGCUGCAGAAGAACUGGCGCGGAACCUGAGACACGGAGGGUGCGUGGAUGAAUACAUGCAGGACCAAAUGAUUAUAUUCCUCGCCCUAGCUCAGGGGCGCUCCAGGGUCAGGACUGGUCCGAUCACACUGCAUACGAAGACGGCAAUAUGGGUCGCGGAGCACCUAACAAACGCAAAGUUUGAGAUUCGUGAAGAGACGGAUCAGCAUUUCGUUGUCCAAUGCGACGGGGUCGGCUACAUUGCGCAAAAUGACCCGGAGGGUGAAGUUCUUUCUGGUAGCAAUGAGACAGCCUGCGCAACUGGAAAAACUUGA